AAUGAAGACGACUCGCUUCGCAUUCACAUGGACGGGACAAUCUAGUGAGAAGCUGGGGCAACAAAAACAAUCCGCAAGAACAAGGACUUUCUAAACUUAAGGAAGCUAAUAGAAACGUUGGGACGUACAGUCGAACAAUACCACAACAUCAAUUGAAGUGUGUGUAUGCAUCAAUUUCUUUAAGCACACGUUACUAUUUUUCAUUGAGAAUGGAGUUCAAGAAGCUUUUAUCCAAGAUUGCUUAUUACCUCGAAGUCGAGCAUGUCCCUGGUAGUACUCAAUUGGAGCGAUACUUGCGAAGCUCGGACUUAUUACCUGUUGAGCCUGCUCGUCGUCAAUGGCACUUCAAAAAUUUCGUCUUUUUUUGGUUGGCCGAGUGCAUCAAUAUCAACACCUGGAUGGUGGCUAGUACCAUGAUUCAGGGAGGCCUCUCGUGGUGGGAGGCCUGGGUCUGUGUCUGGAUUGGUUUCAUUAUUGCUGCUUCUUUCUUAGUUCUUGCGGCCCAUAUUGGUGCCACUUAUCACAUUGGUUUCCCCGUCAUCGUUCGCGCCCCCUUUGGCAUCUUUGGAGCCCUUUGGCCCGUUCUCAAUCGUACCGUUAUGGCCUGCAUUUGGUACGGUGUACAAGCUUGGAUUGGCGGUGAAUGUGUCACUUUGAUGAUCCGUGCCAUUUGGCCCUCUUACGUGAACAUGAAGAACACAAUGGGGAGUAGCGGUACAACCACAUAUGCGUGGGUGAGCUUCUUUAUUUUCUGGCUUUGUUCUCUUCCCGCGCUGUGGUUCCCCGUCCAUAAAAUUCGUCACCUUUUCACAGUGAAAUCGGUUAUCGUACCUAUUGCUGCUAUUCUCUUUUUCGUGUGGGCCGUUGUCAAGGCUCACGGUCUUGGUCCGAUCGUUAAUCAAUCCGGAACCCUUCACGGCUCUGAUCAUGUUUGGGCAUGGAUCAAGGGAAUUAUGUCUUGCAUUUGCAGCUUCUGUACCUUAAUUCUUAACAAUGCUGACUUUUCACGCUUUGCAUCCAGCCCAAAGACUGCUGUUCUUUCCCAGUUAGUCACGAUUCCCCUUGGCUUUGGUGUGACCUGUUUCAUUGGUCUUAUUGUCGGCUCUGCUUCUCAGACGAUUUACGGAAAGUCGUUAUGGGACCCUCUUGAGUUAUUGAGUGAAUUUCUUUACCACACUCAUAGUCACGCAGUCCGCACUGGCGUGUUUUUCCUUGCUUUUUCUUUUGCAUUUGCUCAGUUGGGUGUUAAUGUUUCUGCGAAUUCUGUGUCUGCCGGUUCAGACAUGACGGCUCUUUUCCCUCGAUUCAUUAACAUUCGUCGCGGUUCUUACGUGUGCGCGAUUGUCGGUAUUGCCAUGUGCCCUUGGAAGCUUUUGAGUUCUGGUUCGAAGUUUACUACGGUUCUCAGUGCUUAUUCUGUUUUCCUUUCUUCUUUCUGCGGAACAAUCUCGGCCGAUUACUUCAUCGUGCGUAAGGGGUACUACAGUCUUCCGGACCUUUUUGAGGGCAAAAACUCUGCUUACUGGUAUCAUUUUGGCGUUUCGUGGAGAGGAUUUCUCGCUUAUUUGUUGGGUGUCGGCAUUAACAUUGUUGGUUUCGUUGGCGCUGUUGGCGCGACUGUGCCUGAGACUGCAACUCACAUCUAUGACCUCAGCUUCUUCGGGGGUUUCAUUGUAUCCUUCGUUGCGUAUAUCAUCAUUUGCACGAUCGCGCCCAUUAAGCCUGUUGGUGACAAGUACCUCACUGAGCCUGUAAGUGAGAUUGAGGCUUACAUCAGUGACUUGAGUCAUGUCUUCCCCCGCUCGUCUGUUGAUGAUGACGCGAGCAGUUCACAAGGAACUACUCCUUCCUUGAAAAAGGAAUCGGACGUGGGUAUGGAAAUCAAAUCUCUCUGAGAAGCAGUUGUUCGAGCUGCGGCCCAUGAAAUACUGGUGACUUGUCGCGCUCGAGAGUGUUUCAUGAUUCCCUUUUCUGUUUUCUUUCAAACUUUGUUGUUUCCCUUCAUCCAGAUUUUUCGACUAUGGUCUCAAAAUUCCGUUCUUGGUCACCCCUUCCCGCUUGUACAUUUUUCUUUGAGGAUUUCGGCAGUGCCUUGCUAUCCGUUUCUUUCAAAAAGAACUCGUUCUUAGAAUGACUCAUUAGUUUAUAUUGCGUUCUUUGACAGUAAUUUCGCUUUUUGAUUAGAGCGCAUCUUAUGUGUAGUUCAUCUGGCUGUUACGCAGCCGUGUAUUUUUAGUUUCUUUCUUUGGUUUGUUUUCUUUUUUUUUUUUUUUUUUUUUUAAUGAAUUAUUUUUCUUUUUUUUUCUGUUCAUUCA